GCCGCCCCGCCCCACCUGCCGCUCGCUGGUUGCUGUUUAAUGAGCGGGCCGAGCACACGUCGCUAGGGCCUGGCUGCUCCUGUGGAGCCCGUCCGCGCGGUGCCCCAGGCCGGGGUUCCCUGGCCCCGGGGAUUCCAAGCUGCAGAACUCGGAUGUACCGCGUGCCACAGGGGCCCGAGCGUCCCCUCAGAGGAGUCCAGACCUGAGGGGAGGGGGCGCUGAGGGUUGCGGCCGACGUCCUUGAGCCAAGAUGCUCAGCUUUAUAGGUAGGACUUCCGCUUGUGACUUCGCCCUUUUGAAGCCUCGGUUUUGUCAUCUGUAGCAUGGACAUAAUGGAAGCUACUUCACAGGACUCUUGAGAGGAUUAAAUGAGACAAUGCUUGUAAAGCUCUUUGCACCAGGGAGCCCUGGAGGCAGGGCCUGGUGGGCAAAGCACACCUGCUGUCACUGGGGACCAUGGGCAGCAUGAAGACCCCCAUGGAGCUGGCCAUCAGUGGGAUGCAGACCCUCCACCUUCAGCAGCGCUGCCGAGGCAGCUGCCGGGUCAAGGUUAGGCCAUCGUAUGUGGAUGAGACUUUGUUUGGCAGCCCUGCAGGCACCCGGCCUGCACCACCAGAUUUUGACCCACCCUGGGUGGAGAAAGCCAGCAGAACCAGAGGAGUGGGUACAGGGGCCUCAGGGGCUAGCGGGAGCUGUGAGACCACCUCCUGCAGGGGCAGCAUCCCGACCCUCACACCAAGGAAGAAGAACAAAUACAGACUGAUCAGACACACUCCUUCUUACUGCGAUGAGUCACUCUUUGGCUCCCGACCCGAGGGUACCAGCUGGGAGGCCCCAUGGAUGGCGAAGGGGGAUGCUGCAAAGCUCCAUGCCCUCUUCUGGACACCCCCAGCUACCCCUAGGGGCAGCCACUCGCCCCGCCCCAGGGAGACCCCAGUGCGAGCCAUUCACCCAACUGGUCCCGCGAAGACAGAGCCCAGGAUGGCAGCAGACUCCCGGAGGUUGUCGGUGGAUGGGUUAGAGUCUCCACGCCCUCUGGGGCGGGAACGUUCCCAUUCCCUCACCCACCUUAAUGUCCCCAGCGCAGGUCGCCCGCCCACCGGUACCCCCCACACAAAUGGGCCUCGGGAUCCCAGGCCUUCCCCGUCGGGGGUGACCUUCCGAAGCCCCCUGGUGACUCCCAGGGCUCAUUCAGUCAGUGUUUCAGUGCCAGUUACCCCCCGACGAGGCGGGGCCACCCAGAAACCAAAGCCCCCUUGGAAAUGAGUUUCUUGGUCCUUUCUGCGGGUCUGCCCAUGGGCGUCACAGCGAGGGGCAUGGUUUCAGAGGAUGGUGCUGGUGGGCAGGCCUCUGGGGAGACCAGCAGGCAGUGGAGAAGCCCUCGGCUCAUGGGGACAGACAUCGAGGGUGGGCAGUGCCUCCCUUCUGACCUCUAACUGCUCCCUGCUUUCUCUGCUGAUGCGGAUUUGAGGGCCUCCCCUUGAGAUGCCUGCCUCCUGUCCUGUCGUAGUCACACAGCGUGUCAGUGCCAACCAGGGGUGUCCCUUGGGGAGGGUCCCCCUCACUUCCUCCUUCACACCCACAACAUUGUCUCGCCGCCAAGUGUGAAUACAUGGUGUGAUCGCCAACCUUCA